CCAUAUUCCUCGGUGUUUCUCUGUGAGCUUCUCAGGCGGCAUCUUUGAGGUACUAGUUGAGCACAGAACCAAGAAGAUGCCAACCGCCGUUCUUUAGCGGUUGAAACAGCGAAAACGCCAAUCUUAUGGUCCGGCAUUAUCUUUUUCACACAUUUUUCUUUACUACUUCCUUCAUCAAAUUUCUUCUUCUCUUCAUUUUCGGUCCUGAUAUCUGAAUUUUAUCCAAAACCAAGCUACCCCAUCAUCUUCCAUGGCCACCAAUUUCGCAAUGCUUAAACCUUGUUCCUCAUUUUCCACCCCUUCAUCCCUUCACAGCAAAUUUCGUUCUCAUACAUCAUUAUUCACUGCCCCAUCUUCCUCUUCUUAUCAACAAUUUCAAGGAGGAGGUUAUGGUUUAUGCGUUGUUAAAUGUGCUUCUUCAAAUGGGAAAGGGCCUGAUUCGUUGGAUAAUGAAGUUAAAAAAGUGGAGAGGUUACUUCAAGAGAAACGGCGAGCAGAAUUGUCUGCUCGGAUCGCUUCUGGCGAAUUUACAGUCGAAAAAACUGGUUUUCCAUCUGUAUUGAGGAGUGGUUUGUCAAAGAUCGGUGUUCCCAGUGAGAUUCUGGAUUUAAUAUUUGGUUUCGUCGACGCUCAAGAAAAAUACCCCAAGAUUCCUGAAGCUAAAGGAUCAAUUAAUGCAAUUCGUAGUGAGGCCUUCUUCAUACCUCUGUAUGAGCUUUAUCUCACGUAUGGUGGAAUAUUUAGAUUGACUUUUGGGCCAAAGUCGUUUUUGAUAGUGUCUGAUCCUUCCAUUGCUAAACAUAUACUGAAGGAUAAUCCAAAGAAUUAUUCUAAGGGUAUCUUAGCUGAAAUUCUUGACUUUGUCAUGGGGAAGGGACUUAUACCAGCUGAUGGGGAGAUAUGGCGUGUACGAAGACGGGCUAUAGUCCCUUCGUUGCAUAUGAAGUAUGUAGGAGCUAUGAUUAAUCUUUUUGGAGAAGCUGCAGAUAGGCUUUGCAAGAAGCUAGAUGCUGCAGCAUCUGAUGGAGUAGAUGUGGAAAUGGAGUCUCUCUUCUCACGUCUGACUUUAGAUAUCAUUGGCAAGGCAGUUUUUAACUAUGACUUUGAUUCACUUACAAAUGACGCUGGCAUAGUUGAGGCUGUUUAUACUGUGCUAAGAGAAGCAGAAGAUCGCAGUGUUGCGCCAAUUCCAGUAUGGGAAAUUCCAAUUUGGAAGGAUAUUUCACCACGGCAAAAAAAGGUCUCUAAAGCUCUCAAAUUGAUCAAUGACACUCUCGAUCAACUAAUUGCUAUAUGCAAGAGGAUGGUCGAUGAGGAGGAGCUGCAGUUUCAUGAGGAAUACAUGAAUGAGCAAGAUCCGAGCAUCCUUCAUUUCCUUUUGGCAUCAGGAGAUGAUGUUUCAAGCAAGCAGCUUCGUGAUGACUUGAUGACUAUGCUUAUAGCUGGGCAUGAAACAUCUGCCGCAGUCUUAACAUGGACCUUUUAUCUUCUCUCGAAGGAGCCUAGGGUCAUGGCCAAGCUCCAAGAGGAGGUUGAUUCAGUCCUCGGGGAUCGUUUUCCAACUAUUGAAGAUAUGAAGAACCUCAAAUAUGCCACACGAAUAAUUAAUGAAUCCUUGAGGCUUUACCCACAGCCCCCAGUUUUAAUACGUCGAUCUCUUGAUAACGAUAUGCUCGGGAAGUACCCCAUAAAGAAGGAUGAGGACAUAUUCAUAUCUGUUUGGAACUUGCAUCGCAGUCCAGAACUUUGGGAUGAUGCAGAUAAAUUUAAUCCUGAAAGGUGGCCCUUGGAUGGACCCAAUCCUAAUGAGACAAAUCAAAAUUUCAGAUAUUUGCCUUUUGGUGGUGGGCCACGGAAAUGUGUGGGAGACAUAUUUGCUUCAUAUGAGACUGUUGUAGCACUUGCCAUGCUUGUUCGGCGAUUUGACUUCCAAAUGGCACUUGGAGCACCUCCAGUGAAAAUGACAACAGGAGCUACAAUUCACACGACAGAUGGAUUACAAAUGACAGUUACAAGAAGAAUGAAACCUCCAAUCAUACCCACUUUAGAGGUGCCUGCAAUGGUCGAUUCAUCUGUCAGUUUCUUGAAAGAUGAAACACAAAUUGUUCAGGGAGAAGUUUCUUCUGCACAUUCCUAAUAAUACUGUAGCAAUGUGGCUAUGGUUGAGAUUAGUCCACGCAUAGUAAGAAGAUGCAAAGAGAGAGGAACUUGAAAACAGAUCGUCAUGAGUUCCUCUCGAUUGAAGAUCAAAAUUUCUUUCAAUUCGUUAAAUAUAGCCCAGUUGGUGAAAAUCCUCUGUUGCACAUGGAAUGAUUUGUAUAUGUAAAGAAACCGUUCCAUCUUAGAUGUUAUGUAACGACCCGACCCUCAAGGACUCAAGCUAGGCCGUUACUAUACA